AUGUCUCUAAGCAAACAGGCCCUCGCUGCCCUUCUUCUUUCCGUGACCGGCACUUCUGCCGCGCCGGCUCCCCAGGCCAGUGGCUCUACCAGCGAUGCCUUCAAGGCCAACCCGGAUGUUGGCCCUGGCGGCAGCACCUUCGAGGACUCGGACCAUUUCCGCCUCUACGGAACGGCCAAGGGCGGUUCCGAUGCCGUCUUUGGAAUGAUGGAGGCUGCCUACUCCUGCUUUGUUGAUGACAUGGAGUUCACUACGUCCGGUCUCUCAAUCCUAGAUGAUGCUGACCAGAACCCAACCUUGUGGAAGGAGAACAUCUACGCCACGGAUAGCCUCACCGGAGGCGCUGCCGGCGUGCUCCAGUCCGACCCAACCCUGGGACUCAGCUGGCUGGAAGUUCUCCCUGAUUAUGCUGCCGACCCAAGCGUCUUGGUGCAUGAGUACGGCCAUGGCUUGACUUACCACAGCCGCACCUGGGUCGACCAGACUGCCACCGGUGCCUGGUGGGAAACCAUCGCCCAGUGGUUCGCCGAGACCUACAUCACCUCCUCCCUGUGCCGGAAGGCCCGCUCGAACCACAACCAGGAGGCCGGUAACUCGAUAAUCGAGCUCAACAAGGUCAUUAGCGACUCGUACCAGGUCAUCGUUGACGGCACCGCCGAGUCAGGCAACUACUACCAGGCCUGGCCCUUCUUCACCUAUCUCACCUCCAACCCCGACAACUACACCGGCCUCGGCCAGGAUACCGUCCGCCAGCUUUUCAAGCAGUACAAGGAGGGCAGCAACGAGACUCCCCUCCACACCCUCGCACGCCUUUCCACCGAUGCUUCCGUCGCUGAGAUCGUCGGCAGCUACUGGGCUCACAUGGCCUACGUUGACAUCGGCGACUCGGCCGCCCAGGAGGCCUUCUUCAACCAGCGCAGGGAUCUGAACUACGACAACGUGGAGUCCCAGGGUGAGGGUUCCUAUGUUGUGAAGUCUGCCCGUCAGCCCCAGUACAUGGGCGCCAACAUCCUUCCUCUCACGACCUCCGGUGCCGGCACCGUCGAGGUCACUGUCACCAGCAGCGGAGCCUUCACUUCUACGCUUGCGGUCUACAACUCUGAGUCGGGUGCCGUGCGCUACGUCUCGCUCAAGAGCGGAAAGGGAUCCGCUGACCUCACGGCCAACGAGGAGGCCAGCCUUGUCGUCGCCAACACCCCCGAGUCGGUUAUCCAGUAUGAUGGCUUCAACCUUUCGGAUGAUGUCACGAAGGGUCUGGAUUAUACUGUUAAGAUCACCGGUGCUACUAUCUAA